UUUUUCAGGGAUAUUAAUUAUUAACUACUCCACUUCGUAGUAGAUAGAUUUACAUUCAUAUCUCUCCCCCAUUUCAGUUUUGGGUUCUAAUUUUUCGAGCAAAGAGUUUAAUUUCAAAUUUCAGUCCAUAUACUGAUACCAUGAACAAUCAAAUUUCGCAUUCUAUUUGAUUGAAUUUGCGGUGUUAAUCAGUCAUCUCUCCCCAUUGAGUCCCAGUUGGAAAUGAAUUCGUAUACUCUCGUUGAAUAUCUCGUGGUAUUCGCCUUACCUUAGUUGUUCGUGUUAAGCUUAUGAGUCUUGUGUUCUUCUUUUAUUCUGCUCCUGCUCCAUGUGGUUGCCCCUCCAUGUCCAAUCAAAUCGUUAAGAAUGCUGACACCUCCUAGACAUGAGUCAUAUGUCAACGCCUUCUCUUCAGUAAAACACUUUUCUCACUCCUUAAUUUCUCCAUCUUUUCUCACCCCCUCUAUAAAUUUCUCCGGCGAACUCCGCAAAUUCAGGGCAAACACUUCCCAUUCAUUAAAGUUACGGAGAAAGAAGACGGUCGCGGCAAACAUCAUGUUGCCAGAUAAUCCAGUGAUAAGUGAUAUUUGUGCCACUGUUAUAACCGCAGCUAUUGCUCGUGGUGUGCUUGGGAUUUGGGAGUUGACUGCUAAGUACGACGUCUUCGACUCGAAACUGAACAGGAAGCUUGUGCAUAUCAGCAUUGGGCUAGUUUUCAUGCUUUGCUGGCCAUUAUUCAGGCACUCUGGGUAUCGUGGUGCAUUUUUAGCUUGUCUCGUUCCCGGACUCAACGCAUUACGUGUGCUUCUUAUUGGACUUGGGAUCUAUAAGGAUGAAGCCACUGUCAAGUCAAUGAGCCGAUUUGGAGACUACAGGGAACUUCUGAAGGGACCUUUUUACUAUGCAUCUGCCAUCAGUUUCGCUUGUUUAGUUUUUUGGAGGACUUCCCCAAUUGGGAUUGCAGCGAUUUGUAACCUGUGUGCUGGAGAUGGUUUGGCUGACAUUGUGGGAAGAAGAUUAGGCAAGGAUAAACUUCCUUAUAAUAAAAACAAGUCCUAUGCUGGUAGUAUUGCUAUGGCAACUGCUGGAUUUGUGGCCUCUGUCGGGUACAUGCACUAUCUUUCUGCAUUUGGAUUCAUGCAAGAAAAUUGGGGUUUGGUAUUUCGUUUGUUGGUUGUAUCACUUGUUAGUUCAGUUGUGGAAUCACUUCCCAUAAGCACGCAACUUGAUGAUAAUCUCACAGUUCCACUCGCUUCCUUUUCAACCGGCUUCCUUCUCUUUUGACGCAUUCUAAGACUUACUUUGACAUGCUAUUAUGUAAAACUUUAACAUGAAAGUUGUACUUGGGAAAAUGUAUAAAUUAAUGAUACUCAGCCUAUGUAAAUAGGUAAUACACUCAUGAUCGUGUACUGCUACUAUCUAAUAUUUUUACAGGAAAAUUUGUUGAGCUGAGAAUAACAUCAUAAAAUUUAUGGCA